CGGCGAGGAGGCGACGGAGAAGAAGAAAGAGGUGGGAGGAAGGAGAAGGAGGCGGCAGCAGCUGUGAGGCUGCGAGCCACGGCUAAAGCCUAAACCUCUGACAUGGCCACAGCCUCACCAAGAUCUGAUACAAGUAACACCCAUAAUGGAAGAUUACAGAUGCAAGUAACAGUUUCUAGUGCCAAACUGAAACGGAAAAAGAAUUGGUUUGGAACAACUUUCUACACGGAAUUAACUGCAGAUGGAGAAAUUAAGAAAACAGCAAAAUCAAGUAGUUCUUCAAAUCCCAAAUGGGAUGAGCAGCUGACAGUGAAUGUGACUCCACAGACUACGCUGGAAUUUAGAGUGUGGAGCCAUCACACUUUAAAAGCAGAUGCUUUAUUAGGAAGAGCCACUGUAGACUUGAGACAAGCUUUGGAAAUACACAAUAGAAAAUUGGAGAAGGUGAAGGAACAGUUGAAACUCUCUUUGGAAAACAAGAGUGGCAUGGUGCAAACAGGUGAACUGACAGUUGUGCUAGAUGGUUUGGUUGUUGAACAAGAAUCUCUUACAAAUCUCAGUUCAUCAGCGACCAUAGAAAUUCAGCAAAAUGGUGAAGCUGUGCAUGAAAGCAGAGAUGCUUCAGCAAGAAGUUCAUCCAGAUCGGCUUGUGACAUUUCUAAUGGGAUAGACAAUCAAGUACCUUCCAACUCUGUAGUACAGAAUACAUUCUGUAUAGAAGCUGUUAAUGGAGACAGCACACCAUCUCCUACUCAUGUUGCAGCCAGACCUAAAAAUACACCAGUACCAAAACCACUUGAAGCUCAGCCUGUCAACAGCACUGUUAAUGGCGAGUCAUCCUCCUCUGCACCUGAAGCGGGUAAUUCUUCUGUCUCUGAGGCUCCAGUGACUUCAGUCGAAGCUCCCAUGUCUUCAGAUUGCACUAACACUACAGUAGAACCUCAGUCAGCAACAGAAGCAACUAGUUCUGAAAGCCACACUUCUGCAUUACCUGCUGUGUCUGCUGGACUAGAACCUACAGCUGCAACAGACUGUGCUCAGCCUAAUGCUCGAAACAGUAUAGCUGCAGAUGCAGCAAAACCAAGGGAAUCCUCCUCCACCUCAAGUGCAUCUGCAGAACCUGUAAGACAGCAGCCUGGUAGUGCUAGUACAGAACCUUUGCCACCAGGGUGGGAGCAAAGAAAGGAUCCUCAUGGUAGAACCUAUUAUGUUGAUCACAACACACGAACUACAACGUGGGAAAGACCACAGCCCUUACCUCCUGGCUGGGAAAGAAGAGUUGAUGAUCGUGGGAGAGUUUACUAUGUGGACCACAACACCAGAACGACAACAUGGCAGCGACCAACAAUGGAAUCAGUCAGGAACUUUGAGCAGUGGCAAUCUCAACGGAAUCAACUGCAGGGAGCUAUGCAACAAUUCAACCAACGAUACCUCUACUCGGCUUCGAUGUUGUCAGCAGAAAAUGAUCCACUUGGGCCUUUACCACCAGGUUGGGAAAGGAGAGUGGAUUCAAAUGAUAGGGUGUAUUUUGUAAAUCAUAACACAAAGACAACACAGUGGGAAGACCCUCGAACCCAAGGUUUACAAAAUGAGGACCCUCUUCCAGAGGGCUGGGAAAUCAGAUAUACCAGAGAAGGUGUCAGAUACUUUGUUGAUCAUAAUACAAGAACGACCACAUUCAAUGAUCCUCGUACUGGGAAAUCUUCUGUAAAUAAAGGGCCACAGAUUGCUUACGAGCGUAGCUUUAGGUGGAAACUUGCUCAUUUCCGUUACUUGUGUCAGUCCAAUGCGCUGCCAAGUCAUGUGAAAAUCAAUGUAUCCAGACAGACUUUGUUUGAGGAUUCCUUCCAGCAAAUUAUGGCAUUAAAACCCUAUGAUUUGAGGAGAAGACUAUAUGUUAUAUUCAGAGGAGAAGAAGGAUUGGAUUAUGGUGGCUUGGCAAGAGAAUGGUUUUUCUUGCUUUCCCAUGAAGUACUGAACCCUAUGUACUGCCUAUUUGAGUAUGCUGGCAAGAGCAACUAUUGCCUGCAGAUAAAUCCAGCAUCAACAAUCAAUCCUGACCAUCUUUCAUAUUUCUGUUUCAUUGGGCGCUUUAUUGCCAUGGCAUUGUUUCAUGGGAAAUUUAUUGACACUGGUUUUUCUCUGCCUUUCUACAAACGAAUGCUGAGCAAAAAACUUACUAUUAAGGAUCUAGAAUCUAUUGAUACUGAAUUUUACAACUCCCUAAUUUGGAUAAGGGAUAAUAACAUCGAAGAGUGUAACUUGGAAAUGUACUUUUGUGUCGAUAUGGAGCUCUUAGGAAAAGUAACCUCUCAUGAGCUGAAAUCAGGAGGUUCAAAUAUCUUGGUAACUGAGGAGAACAAAGAAGAAUAUAUUGGGCUAAUGGCAGAGUGGCGAUUUUCUCGGGGAGUUAGAGAACAAACCAAAGCUUUUCUUGAUGGUUUUAAUGAAGUAGUUCCUCUACAGUGGUUACACUAUUUUGACGAAAAGGAACUGGAGGUUAUGCUCUGUGGUAUGCAAGAAGUUGAUUUAGCAGACUGGCAGAGGAACACUGUUUAUCGUCAUUAUACAAGGAAUAGCAAGCAGAUCAUAUGGUUCUGGCAGUUUGUAAAAGAAACAGACAACGAGGUUCGCAUGCGGCUUCUGCAGUUUGUCACUGGCACUUGCAGAUUACCACUGGGUGGAUUUGCUGAACUUAUGGGAAGUAAUGGUCCUCAGAAAUUCUGCAUUGAAAAAGUUGGUAAGGAAACCUGGUUACCAAGAAGUCACACUUGUUUUAAUCGUUUGGAUUUGCCACCAUAUAAAAGCUAUGAACAACUAAAAGAGAAGUUGCUUUUUGCCAUUGAAGAAACAGAGGGAUUUGGUCAAGAGUAGAAGCAGCUUCUAGUCAAAAUGGAUAUCUUGCAUAAUAAAAGGCCCAGCCAACUAAAAUUGCACACUUAAUUGUAUAUAAGCUUUUUGUUCUGUACAGUGAUCUUUCUGGAACUCUAAAAGUUUAAUUGUUCUCUGUUCUUCCACAAAUAUAUGCAAAACAGUUCAGCCUUUUCUACUUUUAUUUAUUGCCCUCCCAAAAGACCAGAAAAACCCCUCCAUAAAUUUUGAAAGCAGACAAGAGACUUAUUUAAAAUAUAUAUAUAAAAAAUAUAAAUAUAUAUACUAAUGGGCUCUAGUUUUAUAGAGCUUUAAGGGUAUGAAAAGUUGCAGCCAUUUAAAAGGGCCUGGAUUUGCUUUAUCUUGGCUUUAUCAUUCAGAAAAAUGUUUAAACUGCUCUGUGUUCUCUUAAGAAACAUCUCCAAGUUUGUUUUAUUGCAUGGCUAUUCUAAAAGGUGUUAAAGGCUUAGGCCAAACGUAUCCUAAAUAUAUAGAAAGAUGCUGCUGGUAUUUGAGAUGACAGAAUCUGUUCUUCUGUCAGUUUAAUUUUUUUAAUACCUAAAUAGCUGAUAUAUCCCUCUCUACUGAUGUAGCCAAGGUCAUGAAUAAAGCCUUUACUACUUGCACAAGAGUCAUGUACAAUAAGAUGAAUGUGAUUUAAUGUUGAAAGGAGUUGGUGCCACUGUUCUGACUUAUUGGAGGAGCUGAACAGAGUAUUUUAAUUCAUUUGAGCAGCAUUGAAAUUUGUUUACAUAGUACCUUGGGUUAUUACCAUGAGGAUGUUAGGUAAUCUUCAAAGAAAAAAUAAUAAUAAAAGAGAAAAUAUUACCCAUUCUCUUCCUGGUCUGGUGUCUUACAGGUUUCUUUUUUCUUUUUUUUUUCCUGUUUUGGUUUCCCUUUUCAAUCCAUGAUGUCCUUUUUGUAACUUUGUAGAGUUAUAUUAAUGUAAACUGAGCUAUAAGGGUAUACAAAAGGUAUACAAAAGGUAAUGUGAAUUUUGCUGCUUUCUGUGUUCAUGUUCAGUUUCAGUUACUGGAUCUAGUAAACCCAAAUAAAAUGAAAGUUACUUAAGAUUUG